AUGCAUGAUGGUGCGCGAAGUACAUCCGACCCCAUUCCUGAAACGAAGGACGCUUUGGCAGGAAUUUCCUUCAACAAGGGUCGCGUGCGCACCUAUGCGGGUUCCGAACUGUUGGGUGUGGCGAUCUUUGGACUCGAGAUCGUGACUGCGCAGCUCUUGGAAGGGAAGCGGAUCAGUUCGGUGCAGCUCUCCAUGGCCGAUGAUUGGGCUUUGCUCUUCAGUCGAGACCAUGUGGCCUGGUCUCUCAUCGUCUCAGGAGACUGUCGAAACCAAUGCCGGGAGAACUUGAAGGUCAUCCGUUUGGUCUCGUUACAGCGUGGCGUCUUGAAGGUGGAGCAGAAGAUGUUGGGCAUCCACUGUGGCAACUACGCAGUGAGGGGCACCAUCUCACCGGAUGGGCAAUAUGUGGACGGCAAGCAACUGGUGCCGCCAGCAGUUCCACAAGUUCGUUUGGCAGGGCCAUUGAUGGAUGUGGUGUGGUCUGAACGCCAUCACUUUGUGGCCUGCUGCGCAAUGGAUGAACAUGCCCUACCCUUGCUGGCCUUUGUAGGUGAAGAUGCCAAAGACGUGCAACGUCCACCCAAAGAGGGCACCAAAGACCCCACCACCGCCCACAGCCCGGACCUGCAGAGCACCUUAGCGAUCUCCGGGAUUUCACCGUCCAUCGACUCGGACUAUCGCAGGUGGGCGGAUCACUGGAUCAACGGCAAUGAGAACGCCCGUUCAGCCAUCACCAUGGAGGAGAAGAAGCGAAUGAAGGAGCCAACUGACUUUCCUCGCUUGCAGAGCGAGGAGAACAUUUUGCUACGCAUUUUGGACAAGAAGGCAGAGGAGUAUCUCGACUGCAGCGAAUCCCGGUCACUGCCUUGGUGA